UUGGACAGAAGAUAUUGUUACAGGGGGACCUACACAGAGAUAUGUAUUUAACCCACUCAGCCCUGUUCAGACCAGUGAAGACUGCCUCCUGAGUCAGAGGUUCAAGAUGAUUUCUUCAUCAUGUUUGGCGGGGGCACUCUUCUGUCUACUGUUUCUCCCAGGUCUGAUGGAGGCCAAAUCUUUGUUGAAUGCCAUAAAGCAGGAAGAGAUGGUCCCUGCCGGUGAUCUUAGCAUUGAUGCAGAGAAAGCAAAUAACUUUCUGACUCGCUCCAGACCGAAGCGCAAUGUGGAUCCCCGGUGGUACAGAGGAAACCCAGACUUCCAGGCUUACUACAAAUACUACAGCAGCAUUGGACACACUGAGGGGCUCUAUGAGAUCGACAAGCUGCGUAUGCUCUACCAGCAGAUGAGGUACCUGGAGCACACCUAUGGUCCUGAUGCGUCCUACUUCCAGAGCAAACUGGGAGUGCCUAUGAUCAUGUGUGACCCGACCACAGAUAAGAAGUGCAAAGUUGUUUCUCCUACUCCUCCUCCACUUCCCAUGAAAGGGGUCCCAAGACCCACGGAUGGCCCUCCUCUUCCUGCUGCUCCAGUCAUUUCCCAGGCUGAUGUGCUCUACCUGUGUAACCAAAAGGACCCCCUCUGCAAGCCUCACAUUGUCUACAUGCCCACAGGUGCUGUACCUGUGCUUUGUGACCCUCGGUACCACCCCCACUGCACCCCCCAGAAGGCCCCACCAGCUCCUGUGGCAGUGCCUCAACGACUUCCUCCUCCUCCUCCUAAGAAGUCUGGCCCACCUCCACCUCCCCCAAUUUUUAUCAAGAAGUCUCCCCCAGCUCCCAUCCGCACCUUUAAGGGCAUGGAGUAUGAUUGUGACCCCUACUGGGACCCCGACUGCCUGAUUGACCACCCACCCAGGGCCAUCAAGGGGAAGGUUGUGGUCCCCCCACCACCACCCCCUCCAGUGGAGGAGGAAGAGGAGGAACACGUGGAGGAGCCAGCACCUCCUGCACCCAUUGAGAAGAAAGUAACCCACUACCCUUACCCUUACUACUAUCAGCACCCUUUACCCUACAACCCCAGGGAUGAUCUGUAUGAUCCAGCCCGCUUCCAGUACCCACAGCCUGCUGAUGCUGCUGACCAGCCUGCAGAGGACAGCCAGUAAAACAAAAACAGACUAUGAAAACAUCCAAGUUGCACAAUUUCACAUCUUUUAAAUGUAACGUCAAUGAAAGCAAUAUGUGUCGGUGCAUUAUAAGAUGCGACGUAAUUAAAUUGAUGGCUUAAUGUG